GCUCGAGAGUGGAGAUUGUGUGGAAAGGGGUAUAUCUAGAUAUCUACAUCUAGAUGAGAGCCGCAUGUAACACUUUUUAACUAAAUAUGUCUGGAAGAGGACGAGCACGAGCACGUGGAAGAGCACGAGGUGCUUCUGAGGAUCAAGCUAGAAGGCCAGGAGAACAGGCCGCACCACAGAGGGAGCAGCCUUCCUCAGCCCCUGCCCCAGCUCCAGCAGGUGGUCCCCCAGCAGCCAGUGGGAGAGCUUCUUAUAGAGGUGGUGCCAAGGAGCCACGACCUGGUAUCGCUACAGGAAGUGGUGAUGUGCCAGCAGAGGCCUUGGCCAAAAUGUCCAUUGGGACAAGAGAUGCAGGGGAGCGAAGAGAUCGCAUGUAUUAUAGUGAUCCAGAGUGUAAGCCAGCAUGGUUGACCGACAAAAGAGGAACAUCUGGAAUCCAGUUACCUGUAGUCACAAACUACUUCAAGCUUGAAAUGGCACCUGACUGGCAUCUCUACCAGUACCACGUGGAUUUCAAUCCUCCAGUUGAUUCCAGGAAAAUGCGCAUGGCUCUGUUAAUGACUCAUGAAAAUUUACUUGGAAAAACCAAAGCAUUUGAUGGGAUGAUCCUAUACCUACCACACCGUCUUCAGGAACAGGUGACAGAGGUGUAUAGUCAGAGGAGGACUGAUGAUGCCCAAAUAAGAAUUACAAUCACACUGACCAAUGAGCUGCCCCCCUCCUCACCCCAAGUCAUGCAGGUCUACAACAUUAUCUUCAGAAGGGUUCUAGCCAUGAUUGAAAUGAAGCAGAUUGGACGUAAUUACUUCAAUCCCUCUUUGUCGGUGGACAUUCCACAACACAAACUGACCGUCAUGCCAGGGUUUGUAACAGCCAUUGCUAAGUACGAGACUGAUACCUUGUUGUGUGCCGACAUCAGUCACAAAAUCAUCAGGUCUGAUACGCUACUAGAUUUGAUGUACGACAUGUACAGUCAAAGCAAAGGGGAAAGUUUCUAUGAUGAUUGUGUGCGAAAGUUUGUUGGCUCUAUUGUCCUCACAAGGUACAACAAUAAGACCUACCGUGUGGAUGACUUCGACUGGGACAAGAGACCAGACUUCACCUUCAAGUUGAGGAAUGAUGUCUCCAUUACCUUAGCUGAAUAUUACAAAAAGAACUACAACAUAGAUGUUCGAGACAUGAACCAGCCUUUAGUAGUAUCAAGACCAAAGAAGAAGGACAUCAGAAUGGGACGUACAGAGCCCAUCUUCCUUCUACCAGAACUCUGUACUGUCACAGGACUGACUGAUGAGGCAAGGGCAGACUUUAAUGUCAUGAAAGAUGUUGGUGCUCACACUAGAGUGGCCCCAGAGGGAAGAAAUAAAACAUUACAAGGCUUUAUUGACCAAAUCAACAAGAAUGAGAAAGUGCGAGCAGAAAUGGGAGGAUGGGGACUAAGGUUCUCUCAGAAUCUGCUGAACGUGAAUGCUCACAUAGCUCCCCAGGAAAAAAUCUAUCAGAAAGGCGGGGCAGAGUUGAGUUACAGACAGGAAGAUGCUGACUGGAGUAGAGACAUGAGAGGGAAGAAGUUAAUCACCCCAGUGAAUCUAGAUAACUGGGUCAUUGUGUUCACCAGGAGGAACAGCCCCCAAGCCCAGGAUCUGGUCCAAACCCUCAGUAGGGUCGGGCCUCCCAUGGGAAUGCAGAUCAACUCCCCCACAAUUUGCGAGUUGCCAGAUGAUAGGAAUGACAGCUAUCUAACAGCCCUGAAGCAGUAUGUCACCCCUCAAACACAGCUGGCAUUGACCAUCUUGCCAACAAAUCGUAAGGAUCGAUAUGAUGCCAUUAAGAAAUUUUGCUGUGUUGACCAUCCAGUACCAAGUCAAUGUGUUGUACAGAGAACACUCUCUAAAAAGCAGAUGUUGAUGUCUGUGGCAACCAAAAUUGCCAUUCAACUGAAUUGUAAGCUAGGAGGAGAAGUAUGGUGCCUGGAAAUUCCACUGAAAAAUCUGAUGGUGGUAGGUGUCGAUACUUACCACGAUUCAGCUAAGAAAGGGCGUUCUGUUGGGGGCGUGAUAUGCUCCUUAAACAAAACUCUUACUCGAUACUAUUCACGUACAACAUUCCAACACACUGGCGAGGAACUUGUUAACGGAUUAGUAACGUCACUGAGAGGUGCCUUGGAGAAGUACCACGAAGUUAAUGGUGCCCUACCUGAGAGGAUCAUUGUGUUCCGUGACGGUGUGGGUGAUGGACAGCUGAGGGCAGUGUAUGAACAUGAGGUACCACAGUUGAACGAGUGCUUUAAGAGAAGUGGUGGACAAGAUUACAAUCCAAAGGUAGCAGUUGUAGUUGUAAAGAAGAGAAUCAACACAAGGUUCUUUGCAAAGUCUGGUCCAUCUCUGACGAAUCCUCCACCAGGGACCAUUGUAGACACCCAGGUCACCAAGCCAAUCUGGUAUGACUUCUUCCUCGUGUCUCAGUCAGUCAGACAGGGUACAGUGACCCCCACCCACUACAAUGUGAUCUGGGACUCCACAGGCCUUAAGCCCGAUCAUAUGCAGAGACUGGCAUACAAAAUGACACACCUUUACUAUAAUUGGCCAGGUACCAUCCGUGUACCAGCGCCAUGUCAGUAUGCCCACAAGCUGGCAUUCUUAGUGGGACAGUCCAUUCAUAAGGACCCUCACAUGUCCUUAUCUGAUCGUCUCUACUUCCUGUAAGCUUGUCCGUUCAGGAUGUGAUCAAAUGCUAUCAAAUAGAGGAUCAUGGAUCAAGGAUGGAAUGAUUAGAACUGCUGUUAACUAUUAUGGUGAGAUGCCAGUGCUGUGAAAAGUAGAAUAGAUGGAGUUGUAGAAUGAGGAAAAGGAAGUGGAAUUCCAUUGGAAGAAGGAAGACUUGGAGCCAAAGGGUUGAAAAAAGGAUUCCCCUUCAAACAGAGGAAAACUAGAUAAAAAAUUUAUAUUUUUGAAAUCAAAACAUACCUCAGAUAUUUUACAUGUGCCAUUAUGUGUUCAUACAUUUUAGUUUACCUAUGUAGAAGUAGAAACCAUGUAGUGUAGUAUUUUUUGCUUAUGCAGAAUAGAUUUAACCAGUGUAUCAUACAUGUUAUGAUGUUCACUGUAUGUGGUGCUUAAAUUGUCCACAUGGACACUGGCAUGUUAGCAUUCGUAGAAAAAGAUGACACUUAUUUAGCAUUGAUUUUGGCCAUAUAAUUUGUAGUUAUAAUCUUUUUGUUUCAAAAAUUACCAAAAUUUGUUUUUGUGAAAAGGGGGGUGGGUGAGUUAAAUAGAUCACACAGAAAGAGGGAAGGAAUUUCUUAUCAUUGGCAUUAAUUCAUUGUUAUUUUUUCAUGAGACCAAUUAGAUGUGCAAUUUUUGACUGAUAUCUCUUAUACAAUGUUCUUUUAAAAUAAAAAAUUAAGUUCUU